UGACCCCCUUCGUUAAAUUUUCUGAGGGUUGAUCCGAGGAGUUAACCAAUAGCUGGCAGUCGGCGUCUGACCAUGAUUAUAAAGGUGGGCCGUUUGGGAGUUGGCAAGUUUAUGCGUUUGGAGCGCGACACAGCAGCAGAGAAUCACUGCCUAGUUUUUGUAUUCAGUAGUCAGGGAUCACUGAUACUCAGGUCUACACCUGCUACUGAGUCGUUGGAUGUCUGAAGACUGCUGUUUUACUAUUUUCACACUUGACCUCUGAGAAUCUUGUCCAGAAUUCGUAAUGGAGAGGUUGAAGGCAAACGGAGGGGGUCAUGUCAACUCAGCGUUUGAUUCCAACCUCGGUGACCCUCCAAUCUAUGAAGAGACCGAAUUCUCCAACAAUGAGCACCGGACGGUCAGACCCUCUGUGAUGAGUGCUUUCGGGCACGACACUUUAGACCGGGUACCCAACAUCGACUUCUACCGUAAUGCCGGCAGCGUGAGUGGUCACCGAGCGGUGAGACCCUCCCUGCAGGAACUCCAUGAUGUUUUCCAGAAGAAUGGGACGAUCUCUGUACCUGAAACGGUGACAGACGAUGGCGAGGGGAGCGAAGGGACCCCCUCUGAUGAUCUGGAGUCUGCUGCUCCGAUUGAUGUCAACAAAGGAGCAGUGAAGUUUGGUUGGAUAAGGGGGGUUCUGGUAAGAUGCAUGUUAAACAUCUGGGGUGUCAUGUUGUUCAUCCGGCUGUCCUGGGUUUUUGGUCAGGCAGGCUGGGGUCUGGGAAUCGUGGUCAUCGCUCUCAGCUGUGUGGUCACCACCAUCACAGGCCUCUCCAUGUCCGCCAUUUGCACUAAUGGAGUUGUUAGAGGAGGCGGAGCUUACUACUUGAUAUCACGCAGUUUGGGACCAGAGUUUGGAGGGUCGAUUGGACUCAUUUUCGCCUUCGCCAAUGCAGUGGCUGUGGCCAUGUAUGUGGUGGGCUUUGCAGAGACGGUGGUGGAUUUGCUCAAGGAAUAUGCUGAUCUGAUGGUAGAUGAAAUGAAUGACAUCAGGAUCAUUGGCUGCAUUACAGUGGUGUUGCUCUUGGGCAUUUCGGUGGCUGGUAUGGAAUGGGAGGCAAAGGCCCAAAUUGUUUUGCUCGUGAUCUUGCUGGUGGCCAUAGUGAAUAUGUUUGUAGGAACAGCAAUUCCUGCAACUGAAGAUAAGAAAUCAAAGGGCUUUUUUGGAUACAACACAAAACUUUUUAUGGAGAACUUUACGCCAGAUUUUAGGGAUGGUGAAACAUUUUUCUCAGUGUUUGCCAUCUUUUUCCCUGCGGCCACCGGUAUCCUGGCUGGAGCAAACAUCUCUGGAGACUUGCGGGACGCCCAGGCUGCCAUACCCAAAGGUACAUUGUUGGCCAUUUUCAUCACUGGUAUCACUUACCUCGGCGUGGCACUUUGUGUCGCCGGUACCGUUGUCCGGGAUGCCACAGGAAACAUGACCGACCUUGUUACUCCUGGGGUGCCUUGUAACGGCUCAUCAGUAAUUGCCUGUGAACUUGGCUAUAAUUUUUCUUCUUGCGAAACAGAGCCAUGCAAGUUUGGCUUGAUGAACAACUUCCAGGUAAUGACCAUGGUGUCUGGGUUUGGUCCCCUCAUCACUGCAGGAACCUUCUCAGCCACACUUUCGUCAGCUCUGGCCUCUCUUGUUAGUGCUCCGAAAGUCUUCCAGGCUCUGUGCAAAGACAACAUCUACAAAGCUCUGCACUUCUUCGCCAAAGGACACGGAAAAAACAAUGAGCCAAUCCGAGGCUACGUCCUCACCUUCGUUAUUUCCGUCGCCUUCAUUCUCAUUGGUGAUCUCAACACCAUCGCUCCGAUCAUCUCGAACUUCUUCCUGGCAUCCUACGCACUCAUCAAUUUCUCUUGUUUUCAUGCUUCCUAUGCCAAGUCUCCUGGCUGGAGACCGGCGUAUAAAUACUACAACAUGUGGCUAUCUCUGGUGGGAGCCCUGCUCUGCUGUGUUGUUAUGUUUGUCAUCAACUGGUGGGCAGCUCUGCUCACAUAUGGCAUUGAAAUUCUGCUCUACAUUUACGUCACAGUCAAGAAGCCGGAUGUGAACUGGGGGUCGUCCACGCAGGCGGUGUCCUUUGUGAGCGCAGUCAGCAACGCUUUGUCUCUGUCCGGUGUGGAAGAUCAUGUCAAGAACUUCAGGCCUCAGAUCUUGGUUCUAACUGGGUCCGCGCGGGCCAGGCCAGCCCUCCUAGAUCUAGCUCACUCCUUCACCAAAAACUACGGACUCUGUCUCAGCUGUGAUGUUUUGGUGGGUCCGAGAUCGGCAAUCAUGCCAGAGAUGAACAAUGGGAUGGAAAAGAACCAGAUGUGGCUCCAUAAGAACAAACGCAAAGCCUUUUUUGCUGCUGUGGCCUGCGACAAUUUCAGGGAAGGUGCAGAAACUCUGCUGCAGGCUUCCGGUCUUGGCCGCAUGAAGCCCAACACGUUAAUGAUCGGCUUCAAGAGGAACUGGAGAACGGCAGAAACAAAAGCAGUGCAGAGCUAUGUGGGAAUACUGCACGAUGCAUUUGACUUUGAAUAUGGGACAGUGGUGCUGCGGAUGAACCAGGGACUGGAUGUGUCGCAUCUUGUAGAAGAAGAAGAGGAAAUGCUGAAGGCAGCAAAGGAGCAGCAGGCCCUGGAUAAUGAGAUGAUGCCAAACGGGGGGAAAACAAAGGGACUCUUCAGGAAGUCCAGGCAUUCAUCUCAGCAAGUGCUCACAACUAGAGUGUCGGUGUGUGGACCCCCGCCUCCUCAGAUCGCCAAAAUGAACGAGAAGCUGGUGGAGGCCAGUGGUCAAUUUAAAAAGAAACAGCCUAAAGGCACCAUUGACGUGUGGUGGCUGUUUGAUGAUGGAGGUCUGACGCUGUUGCUCCCCUACAUCCUCACCACCAGGAAGAAGUGGAAAGACUGUAAACUAAGGAUCUUUAUUGCAGGGCAGCCUGGACGAACUGAGAUAGACAAAGAGGAGAUGAGGUCCCUGCUGCACAAAUUCAGAAUUAAGAGCAGUGACAUCACCGUCAUCGACGACAUCCACAUUAAACCCCGCAAUGACAACAUAAAGAAACUAGAAGACAUGAUUGAGCCGUACCGUCUGCGUGAGGGGUCUAAAGGCAGGGAUCAGGCUGCGGGGAUCCAGGAGUAUCCCUGGAAAAUCACUGAUGCAGAGCUCAGUAGCUUUGAGGAGAAGACGCACCUCCAGGUACGACUAAACGAGCUCCUUCAGGAACAUUCUAAAUCGGCCAACCUGAUUGUUUUGAGCCUGCCCAUCGCUCGUAAGGGGUCCAUCUCUGAUUUUCUCUACAUGGCCUGGCUGGACAUCUUGACAAAGGACCUCCCACCCACCUUGCUCAUCCGGGGAAACCACAAGAGUGUUCUUACUUUCUACUCGUGAGCACCUCAAAGGCCAAACUCUGAAGAACAAUGUUGCUGGAAAGGGGAUUACAAAAGCAAUACUUUCAUUUAUAUAUUCAUAAAGGGUUCAAGUACAUGAGCGACACUGUCUUCCAGACCCACAUCAGUCAUAUAUUCAUACUCUGAUUAUCAAUUUGGGAAAGUAAACAAAGAAAGCACAAUAGAUUUAAAAAAGACAGAAAGUAGGAUUUAGAUGGUGUGCUUUAGACAAUACGGCAGCUAUGUAAACUGCUUGAUUUGGAGUGGCUA